CAAUGACAGUCGUUGUUGGAUAUGAGUGACACAUGAUGAUGCUGGAGAAGGUCCAGUUCAUCAACUCUCAGGAGAAGGAAGUUGAUUUAGUCCCACAGCAAUUUGUGAUUAAACCUCAAGGAAUCAACAUUCAGUUUGGUGGAAGGUUGAAUGAAGUUCACCAGAGUCAGAUCAAAAACUUUGAGUUAUUCCAGAUGAAAAUGAAGCUGAUUUUCUUUCUCCUAGUCCUCUUAAAGAACGGAAUGAAUCCGACCGAAGGACUCGAUGUCUUUUAUUUUUCAGGAAGAAUUACUUUAAGAUAUUUCUUUUACCCAUAUUAUAAUACAUAUGAAAUAAGUUGCUGUAAGUUAAAUCAGUUGCAGUGCUACUUCAUUGUGAACAACAGAGGACUAGUGAACCCUCUGUAUCAAGGAAGAAUAUCCAGCACUAUUUUCAAUGGAGUGUUCUAUGUAAUAAUUACAAACCUGACUGAAGUGGAUGCUGGCACAUACAGAUGUGGUGUUGGGAUCAUUAACACCUAUGAAGAUGUUCAUGUUACAGUUUCUGACUUACCAAAAGAAACCAUCAAACCAACAUUCUGGAGCUCUUCUUCAUCUACACCCAUUGUUUCAGAGCAACCAGCUGAAAAAUCCAGUGAUGGCUGGAGCACGUUCCACAUGCUGGCUGUUGUUUUAAGUGUUCUGGUGUUUGUGCUCAUCUCAUUGACUCUGCUUGUGUAUCGGUUAAGGAAGAAAAAAACAGAUAAAACUGGAACUUGUGGUUCUUCUAACAUCACCAUGGAGCAGGAUGAGACCGUUUACAGUAUGGUGGACUUCAUACCUCACCAGGAUCAAUGCCAAAUAUAUGUUAAUUUCCAGAUCUGUCAUGCAGAAGACACUGCUCAUUCAGUCAUAGCAAAAGAAAAUGUAGAAUAUUCCACACUUUCGCAACCGCUGCCAUAAACAUUUGCAAUUCCU